AUGGAUUAUUUUCAUGCACAGAAUAUUAUUCCAGCCUUGCCAUACAUGGUUGGGCUGGUUGCAAUAAUAUCUGUCUGGUGGUGUGUCCGUCCAAAGCCAAAUAAGAUACCUAUCGUUGGCGAUGCUAAGAGCCAAAACUUUAUGGCUGCAGUGGAGGAAGGGUCUCGAGAGCAGUAUCCGGAAUCGUGUUUUCAAAUCCCGACUCGUGAUAUCCCAACCAUCGUUGUCCCACGUAAAUGCCUCUCUACUAUUGCUUAUGCCCCUGAGCAUAGAUUGAGCUUGGGAAGGGAGGUGUAUGAACGAUUGAUGGGCCGUUACACUAAGAUGGUAAAGAGUGAUCACUUGGCUGAGUUUGUACGCGGAGGACUAUCCAAACAGCUUGGAGGGAAUAUUUCCCUACUCCAAGAAGAUGCCAUAUGGACUAUCUCGUCACAGAUCGGCAAUUGUCCAGAAUGGAAACCACUUCAGCUUUUCCCUACCAUGGUCAAACUGGUCCCAUUGCAUAUUGGGCGCACCUUUAUCAACUCACCUCUGUCUAGGGAGCAAGAAUGGAUCGACUUGACACUGGAGUAUGCUAUCUCAACUGUAACGAUUGCCGCCAAAAUGUCAAACACCCACUGGAUGCUACGUCCGUUCAGGGCCCUUUUCCUCCCUGAGAUUGGGAAGAUGAGCCAGCAAUUCAAGCAGGCGAGCAAGUUACUGUCUCCAGUAUUAAACGCCAGGCUUUCAGGAGAUGCUCCAGGCACUAAGGAUUUGAUGCAAUGGAUAAUUGAUAACUAUCCAGGACAGAGUAGCAACUUGACUCUCCAUACAAGAUUGCAACUUGAGGCUGUACAAGCGGCAACAUAUAAUCUAGCAUUUCAGCUCAUCCAUUUCUUUUUCGAUAUUCUAGCUCAUCCAGAAUACAUAGAACCAUUACGAACUGAGAUUCAAACUGUAUUUGAUUCUUGUGGCGGGACCUGGACACCGGCAGCUUUAGCAGAGCUCCGUAAAUGUGACAGUUUUCUCAAAGAAUCUCAAAGAUUGAACCCCAUCGGCAUUGUCAGUGUAAGCCGUUUUGCUUUGUCGAAGUUUGACUUGCCUGAUGGUACCACGGUGCCAGCAGGCAUCUCUGUUUCUGCUCCGGCUAUGACUGUCAACACAGAUUCGUCCCUAUGGGAGUGUCCGACACGGUUUGAUGGCUACCGCUUUGAGAAAUUGCGCCAAAUCAAGGGUAAUGAGUACAAGUACCAGUUCUCUUCUAUAAGGUAA